GCCCCGGCGAGGGGGUUGUGGGCGAAGAUGCUUCCCGGAGGCUCUUCCCAAAGCCCUCUCCUUCCGCCGGCUCUGGCGCGGAAACGGGAGAGAAUCGGGGAAAACGGGAACGCGACGCCCACGCGCGCCGUCCCUCUCUCCGCGGCCAAGUUUUCAGAUGCCCGCAGCUCCGUGUUGGGUUCUCCUGCUCCCCCUGCAAAGCCCUCUCGUGAUAAACCCGCUCUCUGGGAUGAUUUCAGGACCGAUUCUCUGGGACACAGAUGUCGUAUUUCUGCUCUAACAUUAAUAAUUAGCUUCACUGCGCACCCCUGAAGUGUAGUUCUCCAGUGCUUUGUCAAACCCUUGUCUUGACUAGAACGUUUGCUUUUCUUUUUUAGCUAUAACUUGGGUUUUUAAAAUUUUUAUUAUUUUUUUUAGCUAUAACUUCGCUUGUUUGUUUGUGUUAAUUAUAGCUAAAAAUCUCCUAGUUAUACUUUCAAUUUAGUUCUUAUCUCUUGGCUCAAUCUGGAAAAUAGCAAAGCGAUGCAUGCGAGGAGGUCUUGUUUACUGCCAGUUAGCAAGGACACUUUUCAUGUAAAUUGUCUUCAAGUCAUACUCUUCUCUUUGCUUUCUUUGGACAGUGCUAAUGUGCCGAGGGAAGGCCAUGCGGGACUUUAAAGGUCCGGAUUGUCGAUUUGUAAAUUUUAAGAAGGGAGAAGCGGUAUAUGUAUAUUAUAAACUAAUAGGAGAAUCAACUGAGCUUUGGGCUGGAAGUGUUGGAAGUGAUUUUGGAUAUUUUCCAAAGGAUUUACUUGAAAUAAAUCAUAACUAUUCCAAUGAGGAGCUAGAAUUACCAACAGAUGAAACAGACUUUGUAUGCUUUGAUGGAGGAAGGGAUGACUUUGAUAAUUAUAAUGUGGAUGAACUUCUGAAGUCAUUGCAAGAGACAAUAGCAAAUGAAGGGGAGACUGAAUCGAGUGGUCCAGGGACAAAACCAGAUGAAGGAAUUGAGAAGGAUAAGAAGGCUGAACAGACUGAUGGAGGAAAGUCUCUUGGUGCUUUGGAGACAGACAAUCUUGAGCAAAGUGCUGAAGAAGAAAAGGAAAACCUUGUCUUGACAGACAAAGUUGACAAUUCCCUUACAGAAGGAACUGAAAAUACUGGGGGAGACUCCAGUGUCAAUAGUCACAAAGAAAACUCUCAGGGAGAUCAAAUUGCACAUGAGCACUUGAAAGGAAUGCUACAUGGGACAUUAAAAGGGCUAGAGAGUGAAAAUACCAAAAACACUAGUAUUCCUCAGGGUGAAACCAGCCAACUUGACCAAGAGAAUGAAGAAGUCAAUGCCUAUACACUUUUAAACAGAGAGCUCUCUGUGAACUUAAAAACAAAAUUUGGCUCAACUGCAGAUGCUGUUGUAUCAGAUGAUGAAGUGACUCACCUUGUCACGUCACUGGAGGAUGAUUUAAAUGAAGAUUUGAGCAUUAAUCCUCAUAAUGAAGAGGAGGAGCCAGAGUUUGCAGAUCAGUCUGCAGAAAUCCCUUUGCUGUCUUUUAUGGCAGACAAUGAAAUUACAUCCCCUGUGGAUUUAAAAGAUGAUGGAAACUAUGACGUCAAGUCCCAAAAUCAUGAACCUGAUGAAGAUGCAAAGGGUGCUACAAAGCUAAAUAACCAAAGAGACACCAGGGAGGAACACGAUUCAGAUGUGUUAAUUCUUAAAGAUGCCUUCAGUAAGAGUAAGGAGUCAGGUGACAGUGUAAGUGUAGACGGGUCUGAAUCUAAACAAACAAAAGAGAAACAGGAUGAGGUGGUGCUAAUUAGUAAAAGAGAAGCACCAGCAGCAACUCAGCCUGAGGAUCUCUCCAAAGAACCCCUUGGAAAGGAGCCUGUGGGUACACGUGAUCUGGGUUCAGAAGAAAAAGCCAACAAAACUGAAGAGUUGGAAGAGCAGCUCACUGAUGGAACACAGUCACAUUCUGCAGCACUGAAAGGUACAGCUGUGCCUCAUCCUCACACUUUGCCUAGUCCAGGCGAUGCUCUGGAAUCCAAAUCAUUUCUUAAAAACAAGGAAGAUCCUUCAGAACCAUCUGAUGAUGAUACCAACAAAAGUCCUGAAAGAGCACCACUUGCUCCAAUAGAGAAAAGUGAGAAAGAGUUUGAGGACAAUACCUUGGAGGAAUCCUUGGAAAGUGAUUUACAGCAUAAAAGAUCAUGGGAGAAAACAAUGGAGAAGGGAGAAGCUGAGAACAAGCCUCCAGUUGAUGUUGCAGCCAAACCAGUGGAAGAGAUAAAAAGUGCAUCUCAAGGUGACCUGGGAGAUACUGACCUCUUAAGACAGAAAGUGGAGCAUGGAAUGCCUGCUGUGGAGAAAGAACUUCUCAGACAUGAAGAAGAUUUAAAACAAGGAGUUCAAUUUUAUCAUGAAAAUAAAAAUCCUGUCUCUUUUAACAAAGAACUGGAAAUAAAAAAGAGAAACAUGAAAGACACUCCUGCAGGGGAAGAAGACUCAAGCUAUAGUGGAGCUGUUGAGCCACCUAGGCCAUGGGAAAAUGAGACUGAUGUGAAUUCAGAGGCAGAUGUGAAUGAAAAACUUUCAGGAAAUCCUGGCAAGAUGCCAGUUUUUAAAGAAAGCACUGAGAAAAAUUCCCCUGAAGAAAAAUCAAAAAGCACCACACAGAACACUAAUACAGAGAAUCUUACUCAGCAAGGAACUGCUCCUUCUGAGGAUGCAGGAUCAGACAGAAAUCUUGGCAAAGAUUUGGCUAAAGAAACAACACAAAGAGCAGAAUUGCAAUCUGAGGAGCCAGAUGCUGAAGAUGACCCUGACCUAAAACAAGCAGAUGAUGAGUUAUUGGAAGAUGAGAAUGCAGCAAGUGCAAAGCUAUCACAAUCAAGGGCUACAAAUGUCCAAGAUAAUACAUUAGGUGGUGAAAAUAAAAAUCCUGAACUAGUAGGACUAAGUGAAACUGUUUCAGGAAUCCCAAAUCCUACUUACAGUACAGGAGAGGAAACAAACUCAUUCCCUAAGGAGGAUAAAACAAUCAGCAUGCAAAAUGCAAGCGAGACUGGGAACGAAGAAGUUGAUGUAUCAGUGAGAAAAGAUGCUAAAUUGGAUGAGGUGCAACAUGUCACAGAAGCUGAUGAGGAGUCUGCUGAGCCUGAGGAGCCAUCAGCUGUGGAAGAACAUAAUUCCCAGUCUCCUCACACAGAAGACAGCAAUGACUUUGACCAAAAGGAAGAUCAUCUCCCAGAGGGCAUUUCACAGAAAGACUCAAAAGAGGUGCAAAAUUCAGAGCAAACGAGAAAUGACCACCAGCAAUCUGCACAUGUCCCCAGCCCUGCUGACAGCUCAGAAGGCACCAGUGACACAUUAGCAGACUUCAGUGAGUCUGUGAAGCAGCUCUCAAUAAUGAGAGAUUUCCUUGACGAAAAGCGCGUGAUGCGCCUGCAGAAGUACCUUGGGCUCCAACACGUGGUUAGGAUUGAAGCCAUGUUCCACGACAUGAAGGUGGAGAUGGAGCUUGCUCGCAAGGCGAGCCAGAAUAACGAAGAUACGGAGAAAGCUCUGGAUGAGAUACUGGAGUUUUCAGAAUCGAGCAUUCUGGAUGUUGUAGGAAAAGUACUGGAUUCCAGGGUGGCAGAAAAUAAGGAGGAGGUGGUGAAGGAGAUGGAUUUGUAUGAUGAGGAGAGUGCACUGAUGGAUGACAUUCAGGAAUUAAUAUAUUCAUUAAGGAGUAAAUAUUCAUCUGCUGGUGAGAGUGUCCCACUUACUUCUCCUCCAGAAUGGGAAGAUGACCAGCUGCACAUUCAAGAUGGUGCCAAAGAGGCUGAAUAUGACAGUGUUUCCACCAGAAACCUGCAUACCAUGGAUGAGGGCAAUCAGGAAUUUCAGCAGCUCAUUGAAGAUAAGAGGCCUGAGCAGCCUGUUGAGGAGGAGGAGGAGAGGGCUGUCAGUGUUCCACCUGAGCAUGAAGAGGCCAACUUCUCAGAUAAUGGAGAAGCUGAAGAAGGGUAUGAUAGUGAAAGAGGACCACCCCUGGAAGAUACUUCUUUUGGGUCAGUUGAUUCGGAAGAGAGUGCCAGUGAACACAUUGCUGAAGGUGCCGGCGCUGGCGCCGCCUGGCGGGAGGCCCCGGGCGAGGCGCGGGAGCUGCUGCGGCGGUUGGUUGCCACGCUGCCUGAGGAAAUGCGUCCUGGGCCUGAUUUCCAUGGACUUCCAUGGGAGCCUGUUAUUAUAACUGCCUUAGUGGGAAUUGUCACAGUUGCUGUAUUUUUCUGGAGAACAUGCCUUUCAGUAAAGAGUAGAAUAUAUCAAGUGACUGAAAAACAACUUGCUGAAAAGAUUAAAAACCUUCUGCAAGAAAAAACAGAAAUCCUAGAAAAGUUGUCAGAAUAUGAUCAAAAGAUAAAGGAAGCAAAGGAAUCUGUGAAAGUGGCUCAAGAACAAAAAGACAUUCUCUCAGAUGAAACAGCAGGGCUUAAGGACACUGUCAAAGAAUUGGAAGAAGCAAAUCAGAAGCUAGAUAACAAAGUGAAAAAUCUGCACACCAUGCUUGAAACAGAGAGAAAAAAGAAUGAGAAGAAACAGAACAAGCUCUCUGAAACCCAGAAGUCCUUGGAGAAGCUUCAGGAAGCUAUCACUAUGCAUUCUGCAGAGCUUUCAGAGGUGCAGAUAGCCCUUAAUGAAGCUAAACUGAGUGAAGAAAAGGUGAAAUCUGAGCUUCAUCAUGUGCAGGAAGAGAAUGCUAGGCUGAAAAAGAGCAAGGAGCAGCUGCUAAAAGAAGCUGAAGGUUGGAGUGAGAGGCAUUCUGAGCUCUGUGAGCAAAUUCAACUGUAUCAGAAAUCUCAGAAGGACAUAGAAGAGACACUUGCCUACAAAGAAAAUGAAAUUGAAGUUUUAACCAAUUGCAUUAUGCAGCUGAAGCAGCUGGACAUGGAUUCAGAGGCCAAGAAGGAUGACAGAGGGCAUGAGUGGAUCCCUGGAGAUGAUCUGGCCAAUGGAGAGUUGCCAGAUAUUGAGAGUGAGAAGAUGAAGACUCAGAUUAAGCAGAUGAUGGAUGUCUCCAGGGUCAAAACAAUGUUAUCUAUAGUUGAAGAAGACAGAAAUCUUCUGCAAUCCAAACUGAAUGAUGAAGUAACAGCAAGACACGAGCUGGAAGAGAAGAUAAAAACAUUGGAACACGAUUCCUCUUCGCUGCAGUCAGCCAAAACUCAACUAGAAAAUGAAUGCAAAACUCUUCAGCAGAAAGUGGAGAUACUUGGUGAGCUGUACCAGCAGAAGGAGAUGGCACUCCAGAAAAAACUAACCCAGGAAGAGUAUGAGCGUCAGGAGAAGGAGCAGAAAUUGUGUGCUGCAGAUGAAAAAGCUGUGCUGGCCAUCAAUGAAGUGAAAGUUUACAAGCAAAGGAUCCAAGAUAUGGAAGAAGAAUUGCAAAAAACAGAGAGAUCUUACAAAAACCAGAUUGCUGCUCACGAGAAAAAGGCACAUGACAACUGGCUCAUUGCCCGCUCGGCCGAGAGAGCUCUGGCUGAAGAGAAAAGAGAAGCAGCCAACCUGAGACAGAAAUUAAUAGAAGUAAACCAAAAAAUCAUCAUGCUUCAAAGACCAGUCAUUGUAAAGCCAACUCCUGGCAGACCUGACCGCCAGGUCCCACCACGACGAGGGCCCUUAAGCAGAGAUGGCUCUUCUGGCCCAUCACCUGUGAGUGGAGGAAAUCCAUCCCCCACACAGAUGAUUGAUGUCCCUGCCCGGCCCCUCUCUGCUCCUCGAAGGGAAGGCGUGAGGGGUGAAUUUGGUACAAUGGUGGACGGCCCCCCUCCCCCACGAAGGCCUCCAGAGCUACCUGGAAGGAUGUCUGUUCCUGAUAUUGGGCCUGCUGUGGCAUCCCUGAUCAGCAGUGAGCCAAGAACCUCCUCCCCUUCCACAGCAAUGGAUGGAGUGGGUAACGCUGGUGCCAAAGGCCCCUCUCCUUUCCCUGGGCCACCUCUGAUGAACUCUCCCGUGCUGGGGCCCCCGCCGCCCAUUCGCUAUGGACCACCAGGACCGCCAGCGCCGCCUCUGCGGGGGCACUUCGGGCCUCGGCCUCUCCCUGGGCCCCAAGGUGGUGGUCCUCCCUUGCCACCUCCAGCUGGAAGAGAUUUCUUACCUAGUCCACGUUUAGGAAUGAGAGAUUUGCCUCCUGGCCCACUCCUGCCUCCCCCAGAUCCCAGAGGCUACGCACGUGGGCAUCCUCCCUUCCCGCCGCUCGGCCCUCCUGGCCCGCCGGGCCCUCGGCUACCGAUGCCACCCCCGCAGGCUUCCAGGGACUAUGCUCCUCCUCCCAACAGAGACUUGCCUCCGCCGGCACCCAGGGACUGAGGGCAGCUGGCCCCAAGGACUACGCACAGCCCCAGCAGGAUCCCUGCCUGCAGCUCCACGGACCCGGCUCCCAUGUGCACAACUCUAGGAAAUGGCUCUUGGUUUGAAGACAUUGGUCUCAUUUCAGUAUAUCUCAGCUUUUGCAGGAUUAAUUUUUAUCCAGUUGCUACAGACAUCUUAUAUGCAUUUAUGAUCACAGACUCAUCCAUCCACUUGGGCUGCAAGAACCUUUCUGUGAUGGACUUGAACCUACUCUAAAAGUGCAAUAGGAAGGAAGUACCUGUGUGGAGAGUUUUAAUUCAAUGUAGCCUUUGUAACCAGUUGGUGAAUGAACUAAUUUCUUUAAAAAUGUAAAUCAAAUCAUUUCCUGUGGAAAUAAUUUUUUAAGUAAAAUGCUAUCAAACCUG